GUCAUCCAUCAGUCGUCGCCGGAAUAGAUGUCGACCAAUCUCCCAAUUCCUCCCAAAACAACCUCAAUUCCCGCCAGGAAUGCCACCAAUGACAACCUAUUCGCCGCCGUAGACAUCGGCACUAACUCCUUCAAGCUCCUCAUAGUUCGGGCCGACCCUUCCACCGGCCGUUUCCUCGCCGUCGAUCGGUUCAAGGAAAGAGUCCUCCUCGGCCUUGAUACUACUACCUCCGCCACUACCUCCGCCACUAUCUCCACCGCCUCCCUACUACGCGCCACCACAGCACUUCGAAACUUCCAGAAGCUUCUCCAAUCCCGUCGCGUUCCUUCCUCCCAUUCUCGCUUCGUAGCAACUUCUGCUGUUCGAGAAGCUUCCAAUCAAUCACAGUUUCUUCAAUCUAUUGAUGAAACCCUAGGCCUGAAAGUUGAUGUGCUCUCCGGUCUCGAAGAGGCUCGCCUUAUUUACCAAGGUAUACUUCAAUUUCAUCCUGUUCAUGACCGUACAGUGCUUACAAUUGACAUAGGAGGUGGCUCUACUGAGUUCGUAAUUGGAAAAGAGGGGAAUAUUUUGUUCUCUAUUUCACUAGCACUGGGACAUGUCACUUUAGCUCAAAAAUUUCCACAAGUUACAGAAAUGCGGGAACAUAUUAAGUUUAUAAUCCGUGCCUCGCUUAAAGAGAAGGUUAAGCUUUAUGAUAUUGAUAAAGUGAUUGGUUCAUCGGGGACGAUAGGAAUAUUGAGAAGGCGAUUUUCCAUGGCUAUGCAAGAUGUGGAGUGCAUAUUUGAGGAAAAUAAGAGGGAUUGGAGUUUUACAGCGGACGAAUUGAAGGGCUUGGUGGAGAUGUUGAGUAAGGAAGAGAGAAGUGGAGGGAAGGUUCGAAAGCAGAGUUUUUUCAAGAAGAGCUUAAAAUUUGUUGUGGCAGGGGCAGUUUUAUUGGAGGAAAUAUUUGAGGAGCUUAAGCUUGAGGAGAUGGAGGUUUCUGGGUAUGCAUUAGGAGAGGGUGUGAUUGCAGAGAAGUUAGGAGAGGCUUUUGAUAAUUAUGAUCCGAGGGCUAACGCGAGGUGGAGGUCUAUAGUGAGGCUCGGGGCAAGGUUUAAUAAUAAGCAGCGCAUGAAAUCUGCUGCAUUAUGCUUUAGUGUUGCGAAGGAGAUGUUUGAUGGUUUGAAAAACAGGCAUGAAUUAGGCAAUGGUUCUGAUGGAUUCGUUGUAUCUGUGGAGGAUAAAGAUCUUGAGUUUCUUGAGGCAGCUUGUUUGCUUCAAAAAAUCGGUCUUUGCGUUGGUAAAAAGGGCUAUCAUAAGCAAUCUUACCAUAUAAUAAUGAAUGGCGAUCAUCUGCAUGGUUAUAAUGACACAGAGGUUAAGUUAAUAGCUCUACUCGUGCGGCACCACAGAAAGAAACUUCCUGAAUACGAUCAUGUGGUGCCUGAUGAAUUAACAGAAGAGAUGAGAGGGAAAUUCAGAAUUCUUUGUGCUAUUCUACGUGUAUCUGCUGCAGUGGAGAAACUUCAGCUGGCCAACAUCGACAAUGUGGAAUUCUCACAUACUUGUGAAGGAUAUAAAUUGGUACUUGAAGCAGGAAAUUUGCCUUUCCCUGGUAAUGAGCUGCCAUCAGUAGAAGACUUUGAGUCAGAGCUUGGUGCAGAGUUGGAACAUUUCAGAAUGGUGUUCCAAGAAAGAUUGUCAAUUGCCGUCACUUCAAGCACUUCAGCAUAAUCUGGAAGAGAUGCUAGGAAUUGUGAGAUGCCUUUACUGGGCUUCCUAAUAAAAUGAUGGUCAACUCUUGUAUUCUGUAAAAGCCAUGCUGCAAUGCAUGUCAUAUGCAUACGUAUAUGCACACACACGCAUACACAAACACUACAACUGUUACAAGUAACAGUAAACAGCGUCGUCUUGUCACACUAGAAGCUUAUUCCUGUGUACCCUGUAAAAGCCAUGCUGUAAUGCAUGUUAUACCCACACACAUACACAAACACAUCAACUGUUAUAAAUAACAGUAACCCACAUUGUCUUGUCACACUAGAAGCUUAUUCCAGUAGAUCCUUACUGUAUUCUAGCGAAUAGUUGCUGAACUUGUUCUCUAGCUGUAGCGUUGAAACUCAAUGUAUUUAUCUUUUAUUUUUUGAUAUUUUACUUAAGUGUAAUCUUCUU